ACGAGGGUGUCAUAUCCAUUGACAUAUAAGUUUCUUAUAGUUUCCAAUUGGCUCACAGGUAGAAAAAAAUGUUGAUUUUGAGUGAGAAACGACAACAAGUGUAGAGUGGACGAUCAUGUUGUUGAUGUUUGUGUUGUGAGUGUCGUCCCUUGGGAGGAGGAGGAGCAUUUUUCCCGUUUAUUGUACGGAGGAAGCUUCUUUCUUCUCCAUUACCGGCCUAGAUUUGGGCAAAAUCUCCACCGGACUCCUGGGAGUAGAGUUCAUGCUGCCUAGGCCGUCGUAGUCUUUGUGAAGCCACAGGUUGAGGAGGUCUAGUAUGGGUGACGAGACUUGGGCCAACAUCCAGCUGGUGAAGAGCAAGAGGGAGAUCUUCAGGGAGAAGAUCAAGAAGAGGAAGGCAGAGAGGGAGACUAUCCUAAGCUCUGUGUCUGGUGGAGGGAGCAGCAGCAGUGGCAGCCCAGGCUCCUUCAUCCCUCCCGUCACCACCACUCCAACAAUCCCCACCACACUCCCCUCCAACACACAGCUCCCUCCAGGUACUAUUCCCUUCACCACCACUCCAACAAUCCCCACCACACUCGCCUCCAACACGCAGCUUCCUCCAGUAGCAUCAGCAGUAGCGGCAGCAGCAGCAUCAGCAUCAGCAUCAGCUGCAGCUGCGGUGGCAGCAGCAGCGGCAGCAGUGGCAGCAGCUGCAGUAGCAGCAGCAACACCAAAUGGGAGCGCCGACCUCAGUUUAGAAUGUGCCUUGCUAGAAUCUCUCAGUGGGGCACUGCCGCCUGUCCAAUCAACUCAACUCACCCAGACGUUGUCCACAAAAUUAAGAAAAACAUUACAAUCUAAGGUUGUUGAUAAUCUUUUACAAAAAUUUGCCUACAAGGAACUUAUAAGCAUAACGCAAGAUACUGCAGAGGGCCGCACUUCUAUAACUGUGACUGCAGUGCAGCACAGCAAAGUUACUGCAGUUCUUGGGGCAGAAUAUCGUGAAAAGAAACUUCAGCCUGUCACUGCUUCUCAACAAGGUGAAAGACCAGCGACUGAAAAAGUUGCCGUUUUAUCUGAUGAACCUCCUCUGAAAAUUUUAAGGGAAGAUAAGGAGAAUAAAAAUGACAAAGAUAAGCGAAAGGAAACUCAAGAUGAUGAUGUUAUGAGCUUGUUAUCAGCCCAAAGCAUCCGGGAGCGUGAAACAAAAAAAGUUGGUGAAGAAAUAAUGGAAUUAUUGAGUAAACCUACAGCCAAAGAACAGAGCAUUGCUCAGAGAUUCAGAUCUCAGGGAGGGGCAAAAGUUCAAGAAUUUUGCCCACAUGGUACCAAAGAGGAGUGUGAGAGAGCAAUGAAGAAAAGCCUUCAGUGUGGGAGGCUCCACUUCCGAAAAAUUAUCCAAAAGCACACGGAUGAGUCUUUAGGUGACUGCUCCUUCCUUAACACCUGUUUCCACAUGGACACCUGCCGCUAUGUUCACUAUGAGGUCGAUUAUACGGGUGUAUCUGAGCAGCAUCAGCAUGACCAGCCACCCUCCAUAAUAAUGCCUAGGGAACGCCCACGCCAAGAAGAAAGAACCAUAUUAUUUCCUCCACAGUGGAUUCAGUGUGAUCUUAGAUUUCUAGAUAUGUCUAUACUAGGAAAAUUUGCUGUGAUUAUGGCAGAUCCUCCAUGGGAUAUUCACAUGGAACUUCCCUAUGGCACAAUGUCAGAUGAUGAGAUGAGACAACUUAACAUUCCCAUAAUGCAAGAGGAGGGACUCAUCUUUCUGUGGGUCACUGGCAGAGCAAUGGAACUAGGCCGUGAGUGUCUGAAACUUUGGGGCUACGAGCGUGUCGAUGAAAUAAUUUGGGUGAAAACUAAUCAGUUGCAACGAAUUAUCCGCACUGGCAGGACGGGGCACUGGCUAAAUCAUGGCAAAGAACAUUGCUUGGUUGGCAUGAAAGGAAACCCAAAAAUAAAUAGAGGAUUAGAUGGAGAUGUCAUUGUGGCAGAAGUUCGAGCCACCAGUCACAAACCAGAUGAAAUUUAUGGCAUAAUCGAGCGUCUCUCACCUGGUACACGGAAAUUGGAGCUCUUUGGACGACCACAUAAUGUGCAACCAAACUGGGUUACUCUUGGAAAUCAGUUAGAAGGAGUCAAUUUGCUGGAGGAAGAUCUAGUAAAAUCCUUUAAGGAAAGAUAUCCAGAUGGUAUCUGUCGUAAGCCAUCCUCACAGUAAUUGGUAAGAUUUAGGCCUAAUGUUUUCAUUUAGCAUAAAAUUAAAUAAAAAUACAAGUGUAGCACAUCACUGCUGAAUUGUUUUAAAGCAGUCUUGAAUAGGCUGUGGAUGUUCUCACGUGUCCAUAAUUGUUAACACUAUUUAUGUACAUAAAAUACAACAUUAGCAAAAUAUUUAAUUUUUAGAAGUGUGUGUAAUGACUAGCUGGAAUACAUUUUCAGGUUUUAAUCCAUAAUUAUAACAUCUUUUCAGGAAAUAAGUGAUGUAAUUAUUUCAGUUGCUUUGUAUUCACAAUGUUCAGAUGGAAAAAAAAAAUGCUGAAAAGAUCUCAUUACAAAACUACAAAAACACCAUAGGUGUGUAGUACAGGUUGACCAUCACUAAUCCGGCAUGUAAACGUUCAUUCUUGUUCACUUAUAAUACUGUGUUGCUCUAGACCUUUUAGCCAUUCACCUGUCAACUGAAUUAACCUGUCAACAGACACACUAGCUGAAAUUAGUGCCAGAGUAGUGAUGGCUGAUCUGUAGUAAAGUUCCAAAACCAUGACAAAAGCUGUAGGUGUAUGGCACUAAAGUCACAAAGCCAUACCAAAUUCCAAAGAUAUGGAGCACUAAAGAAGUAUACAGUAAAUCAAUAUAAUAGAUUAAUAGAGGGGAUUCUCAGAGUACUAAAUUAGAAUGUUAAAAUACAGUGGACCCCCGGUUAACGAUAUUUUUUCAUUCCAGAAGUAUGUUCAGGUGCCAGUACUGACUGAAUUUGUUCCCAUAAGGAAUAUUGUGAAGUAGAUU